UCAAUGUUAAUAAUGAAAAUGGAAAAGAAAUAAUAUUUAAUAUUAUACUCUUAAUAAAGACAAUAAUCAUACUGUACGUAUUUAUAUAAAGUGAGUGAAUGAAGAAAAAUGGGUAAAUUGGAGAAGAAUAGUGAGAAGUUACAGAAGGAGGCGUUGAAUGCGUCAGAGACGUGGCGCAUUCUGAAGAAUGUGGUGGUUAUCAGUGCGGCUUUCAUGGUGCAGUUCACUGCUUACUCUGGGGCAGCUAAUCUCCAAAGUUCUAUCAAUGCUGAAGCGGGUUUGGGGACUGCGUCGUUGGCAGCAGUGUACGCUGGCCUAAUAUUUUCCAACAUAUUCUUACCAGCUGUUGUUAUAAAAUGGCUGGGCACAAAAUGGGCGAUAUCCAUUUCAUUUAUUACUUAUAUGCCAUACAUAGCGGCACAAUUAUGGCCAACAUUUUACACACUCAUUCCGGCCGCCCUGAUUGUUGGCCUGGGCGGCGGUCCUCUUUGGUGUGCCAAAUGCACAUACAUAUCUGUGGUGUCAGAAGUUCAUAGCAAGAUUUCUAAGAUACCCGUUGAGGCGCUUCUUGUUAGAUUUCUAGGAUUAUUCUUUAUGAUCUUUCAAAUGAAUCAAGUAUGGGGCAAUUUAAUUUCUUCGCUUGUGUUGUCAUCUGGCGAUAAUGCCGCGGCUGUGACCGCUGUUAAUGCCAGUUUGAUACCGGAGAUAUGCGGUGCAAACUUCUUGCCCAGUGCGGAUGCUGGAGAGGCAUUGCAACAGCAACCGGCAGAGAAAAUCCAGAUGAUUGUUGGUAUAUACCUGGCUUGUAUGGCUGGUGCCGCAUUGAUCGUUGCCAUUGGAGUUGACUCCAUGAAAAGAUAUGAUUCUGGCCGUGUCGGCUCCGGUACUGGACUGUCUGGGCUAGCCCUAUUGGUGGUGACAGUGAAACUACUGAUCGAACCUAAUCAAUUGCUGCUGGUGACCAUCAACAUAUUCAUAGGCUUUCAGCAGGCUUUCUUUGGUGCCGAUUUUACAGUGGCCUUCGUAUCUUGUGCAGUUGGUACUGGGUCAGUGGGUUUUGUGAUGUUGACAUACGGUUUGGCGGAUGCUAUAGGAUGUGUAGUAACUGGAUAUAUUGCUAAGAUUACAGGUCGUCUUCCUUUGAUAUGUUGUGCUCUGACGGUUCAUAUAGCGUUAUUUAUCACGGUGCUGGUGUGGCGGCCUCAGGCUGGACUCAGUCACGUCAUGUACAUUAUAGCAGUGUUGUGGGGCUUAUGUGAUUCUGUAUGGAUUGUUCAAAUUAAUGCGUAUUACGGGCUCCUAUUCCCUGGUAGAGAGGAGGCGGCAUUCUCGAACUUUCGACUUUGGGAGUCCGUUGGGUACAUAAUAGCGUACCUGAUAUCACCAUACAUGAGGACGAGUUCGAAGACAUACGUUAUGCUCGCCUUACUAAUAGUUGGGGUGUUGUGUUACUUCACUGUAGAGUACCGGGAACGGAAAGUGAAAAUGUUUGAUAUAAAUAACCUGAAUUUAAAAAACAAGGAGCCGUGCUCUGAGAAAGGCUGUGAUAACAUAACUUUUCAGCACAUUGAAUGA